AUGCAUCAGAAGCAUUCUGCCGCAGAUGACUUGCCUGACACUAUUGUGCCAGCAGCUCCAAUCUCCUACUGCGAUACGCCCAUGAACGGCUGCAAGCCCAACAUGCCGGACAACAUCCUCGAUGACAUCUCCCACCGCCGCUUUAAUCCUCUGCGAGGCUCCUGGGUGCUAGUGUCACCUCAUCGAACAAAGAGGCCAUGGCAGGGCCAGCAAGAGGAGGCUUCAAAGAACAUCCUGCCAGCUUACGAUCCUGCGGUAUGUGAAGAAGUGUAAUAGGAGGCAUAACAGUGGAUAAUGGCUCUGACUAGAACCAUAGUGCUAUCUCUGCCCCGGCAACAAGCGGGCUCAGGGCGACGCCAACCCCAAGUACGACAGCACGUUCGUCUUCGUGAACGACUACUCGGCAGUGAAGGAGCAGCAAGCAGAAUACAACCCUCCUCAAGAAGAUGGCUGUAAGACUAGCCCGUCACAGAGGAGAUGCCUGGGGAAUGCUAACAGCGGAGUAGCUCUCGCUUCGCGCUUACUGAAAGCAGAGAGCACGACCGGAAAGUGCUACGUGAUUACCUUCUCUCCGGCACACAACCUGACUCUUGCCGACAUGCCACCUCAAGACAUUCUACCUGUGAUUCAAACUUGGACCAAGAUCUAUACCUCACAUUUGGAUCCUCAGUCGUCGCUCUACAAGGCUGCUCAAUCAAAUUCUAUUCCCAAUGGCAAUGUAGUCGAGAAGGCGAGUCAGCAGUUCCGGUACAUGCAGAUCUUUGAGAACAAGGGCAGUGCCAUGGGCUGCUCCAAUCCACAUCCUCACGGCCAGAUUUGGACCACCACUUCGUUGCCGGAAGAACCCAGCAUGGAGCUUCAGAAUCUUCAACGAUAUCGGAAGGAGCAUGGUGGAACCCACCUGCUUGCCGACUACGCGAAACUGGAGAGCGAGAAUGGCGAGCGAACAGUGUACGAGAACAGCAGCUUUUGGGCAGGCUGUCCUUGGUGGGCAACAUGGCCAUUCGAGAUCAUGGUGGUCGCAAAGGCACACAAACGAGCACUCGUGGAUCUCAGCGAGGCCGAGAAGGAGGAUCUGGCGGAGGUGAUGUCGGAGAUCACGAGGAGAUAUGACAACCUGUUCGAGACGAGUUUCCCUUACAGUGAGUAUUGCUCGCCCGAAGACCGGAGAAUGCUGGCACUAACUACCUCUGUAGGCAUGGGUCUCCACCAAGCACCACUGACCGGCGCGGAAGAGGAGAUAGAAGCCUCGCAUUUACACGUCCAUUUCUACCCGCCUUUGCUGAGGAGCGCUACGGUGCGGAAGUUUCUGGUGGGCUAUGAGAUGAUGGCGGAGCCGCAGCGAGACAUCACACCUGAGCAAGCAGCAAAGCGGCUGCGCGACUGUGGCGGUGAACUCUACCGGAAGAAGCUAUAA